AAAGCAAUACACAGCGGCGUGCAACCUUUUUGGUGUCACCUUUCUCUUUACGGCUGCUUGGAGUCCAUGAGGGGACCCCUCACGACAGUCUCCUCUCUCCGGAGUCUCACUCUUUCUCUGUCUUUCUCUCUCUCUCUAUUUCCCUUCCUCGCACCUUCACCUGGCAACCUGGCUCACCUGAACGGCCAUCUUGAAGCGCGCCGUCGUAUCGCGUUCCUCGUCUUUCCACCAAGUCGCAUUUUCCGCUCAUCCUUGUAGCCGGCCGUUCGUCGCAUGUGCCGUAAGCUGCAUGUGCAAAACCUCGCGACGUGCAGCAAGGCACCAGUGAUCGCGCCGGUAACGUUUUGGCACUUUAUAAUCGUGCCUGGCUUCCACCUGGCUCGCUUUCUUUCCCUUCGCAUAUUCCGAUAAGGUCCUGACAUUGCUGACGUCAUUAGUGUAUACUUUGGAACUUAUCCAAGAUUCUCAAGGAAGUGCCGUCUCUGUUACGCUUAUUCCACGUCCUUCGUUCCAAGGCACGUCACUCGAGCGAAAGAAAGGUAUCAUUGAUGCUGACCUAACAAUUGGUGAACGUGCUUGAACGCGCGAGAUCAUAAAUGUCACGGACGGCGCAGCCGUUGGUUUAACGGAUACGAACGUGCGAUCUUUUUAUUAGUGGGACCGGUGAUGAAGAAACACGCUGAGAAGUGAAUAGAAGAUCCGUAUUUAUUGUGAAACAAAGAAGAAAGACAAGCUCCUACCCGAUUCUGGAGAAAAUCAUCUGCGGAGGGAGAACGACUUAAUCGCAAAAUCCUCGUUGUUGUGUGUGGCUAGCGAAAGUACGUGAAGUAUUCUUUGUUCGUGCAAUAAGUUACCUCUGAACGAACGCGCGUGUCUUGCACAAGGCGAUCCCAUUGUUGUCGAACAAUUGGACUUCGUGGAGAACCGUCGUUCCAAGAACGACGACCUUCUGCCGCGGGUGUGAUAACCGCGCGAGUCGGCGCGAAGAAUCUCUCGGUCUCUUCCGCAAUUUAAUCAACGGUUUAUAAUUCCACAGUCGUCUCUCCGUUUCGCCUAUGGAAUUCUCGGAGUUGAUGUUAUGGUCGAACGAUUACGCGAGGAAGAAUCACUGUUAAACGACGUGCUGGUGGUUGGGACAUCGAGUUUGCGUUGACGGGAAAUCAACUAUUGUCAAAAUGGGUUCAAAGAUCGAGUACGUCGAGUCCUCGCACAUGUAUGCGACUAAUUACAUCCGCAAUUCCAAAGCGAUCGGCGUGCUGUGGGGUAUCUUCACUAUAUGCUAUGCCAUUAUCGGCGUCGUUGCGUUUGUCACUCCGGAAUGGCUCGGCGAUCUAGAGCAUGAGAAUCCCGGAAGAUUCGGUCUGUGGACCAGGUGCAGCUAUGGUGGAAAUGGUGAGUUAGGCGAGGAAUGUAUCGGCCGGCUGGACGACCUGUCGACCAUCGCUAACGUUCCUUUCCGAGCCAGCACGAUUCUAGUCGGCAUCGCCGUGAUAAUCGCGCUACUGGCGAUCUGCGCAAUGCUCAUGUUCUUCUUUUGUCAAAGCACCACCGUGUUCUACAUGUGCGCUUGGAUGCAAGUGGUGUCAGCAAUCUGCAUGGCGAUCGGAGUGUGCAUCUAUCCUCUCGGCUGGGACUCAUCGGUGAUUCGCGCCGUAUGCGGCGCAGCUGCUUCCAGAUACAAUCCUGGUGCCUGUGCUGUGAGAUGGGCAAUACCACUCGCUGCAAUCGCGGCUCUGGAUGCAGCUACUUUGUCUGCUCUUGCCUUCAUUUUGGCCUCCAGACAUGUGAGGCUACAACCAGAACCUUUCAAUAAUGGAUCUUUGUACAAAGGUGAAGUAAAUCCGGGCUAUGUGAACGAAGCUCAAAGCGUAGCUGGCUCUCGCAAGUCCCUGUCUUUGAGACCUGUUCUCCUAGUGGCCCCACCUGAACAGGAUCGUUAUAGCGAGCUCUCUAGAGCAAAAUCGCAUUCGCAUCACAGUCUCUACACACCAGCGCCAUCGCAUCCAGCGCACACCAUGUCUACGAAUACUCUCAAUCAUUCGCAGCACAACUUUCAGCUCUAAAACGACUGAUCGCUGCAAAUACAAAGAAUUAAAUGGAUCUGUAUAUAGCUGACGAAAUUGGAGGAAAAGCUAUAUUGUACAUAAGAUGAAACGGAGCGUGAAACUUUAAUGGAAUGUGCGCGAUUUGCUUAGGCCAUUGCUUUCGCGAUAUUAAAUUUCUAAGAAUAGAAUUUCUGUUCAUAACGAUAAAGCUAUAUGUAUAAAACAGAUACGACUGACAGCUUCAUUUAAUGACUGAAUAUUAUUAUUUGUUAUGCCGUGAACAUUUCCAUCCAUGUGAUGUAUAGUCUAUCUUAUCAAUAUCGUCGCAAAAAGCUGUCUUCCUUAGAAUAUUGACUUUUUACAAAUAUAUAAUUAGUACGAGUAAGUAC